ACAGGAACAACUUUACCUUUUUACCUUACCUGUAUUUUAUUUCAGUUAAUGCAUUUUUUGUCACUCAGCAAAACAGGUCGACUUUUCACAGCAUCUCAUGCCAGUCAUUGGAUUGCUUUGGCCAUACCCUCUUCGUUUGAUUGUUUUCCAAGCCAUUUUGUUGUUGCCACAGCAGAAUCAAAAAUAUGAAGUCCAUGUUGUGGUUUAUUUAGCUUGUUUGCUGAUAGCAGUGAAAUCAAACGGUAAAUCUGACUGUAUCAAGGAAAGGUAUGGACCCUUUCCAGGUGACAGUUUAAUCUCCAUGCCAUAGCUGAGUUGUGUUCUCUUAUAUAUUCUCUGUAGGUCUGUGAUUCACGUAUCUGCACUGUAAGCAGCUGCCAGGUGGUGUCUCGGUCGACAUUCCCACAAAUUCAUUGCAGUUGGUGAGGAGCAGAAACGUGCCCUAUGUAGACUGCUAUAUAUGGACAGUCUGUAUACUUGUUGGGCUACAAGCACGGCUGCUUCCUUUACUUCUGAUGUGUCUCGGACAAGUUAAUAAGGAAAGUAGUCAAAGUGUGAUGAAGCUUAUACUGUUAAUUUUUUCACAGUUUACUUAAUUGUGUUGAAUAUUUAAAAAAAAAAUCAGAAAAUUUUGGCAGGAUGUGAACAGGGUGUCACUCAACAGUUUAAAUGUCAUUUGAGAAAGAGGGAAGUGUCUGAGUGACUUAGAAACUGGUUUGAGUGCUUCCCUAAACCCUAAAUGUAUAAAAUACUUCUGAUUCAUAUCGGGUCACUAUAUCCCCUAUUUUGUUUGAUGCUCAAAUCAGUCUUAAUUGAAAUUUUACCAGAAUGGUUUGAGAAAUGUUGGUACCCAUGGCUACCUGAAUACACAUUGCAGAAGACCAUAAUCUUAGCAGAGUGAAAGCCCUACUUGAGGUUUCUCUGCGAAGCUGUGUAUUUGGACACUAAACCAAGGAAAAUGUUAAAUGGAAGAAAUUUUACUUUCAGAUUAUCGAUUUGGAAUCAUUGAAAUUAAAUGUUAAAUGAGAGGAAACCUUAAAUUGAGGAACAUUAAUUUGGGAUUCCAGUCUGUAGAUUAUGUUUGUUACCGACUUGUUUCUGUGCCAUUUGCAGCAGGAGAAGUGUGCCACCCUCAGCACCAAGAGAUGCGAGUGCGCCGCGAAGUUGGCACAGAUGAACCCGUCGAAGUUGUGGAAGUGGAGCAGAAUUCUGACACAGUGACAGUACCAAAUUUGCGAGACCAGGUGGUAGGCCUGGAGGUAGUUGUGGAGCCGCAAGAUGUGGGAACCCUGAGGCCUCCACACGAGCCUUCACAGAAGCUGAUUGAUGAAGAACUCGAGGCUGUAUCACAAGCCAUCGCUGAUGUUGAGAAGAUGGAGAGGGAGGAGCAAGCUAACAGAAAGGCGUUGCUUGAGGCCAAGUCUCACUCAGAUACAAAGGAGGCAGAUGAGAUUGUGUUUCCAUCAAAGAACAUCUUGGAAGGCGUGAAAAUGCUAGUGGAGGUGCCCGCCAUGGUCGAGACCUCUGAACCGGAACCGCAGACAGUGGCAGAGGUGAUAGAGGUGCCAGCACCAGGGCCCAGUGCCAGUGAUCUGGACAUCAUCAUUGUUGAUAGCAGCGCCUUGGGCGGACAAGAAGAGGUACUGCCUGACACGGAGCGCCAGACGGUAGAAGUCAUUCUUGAUGGGAAGAGUGAGCAUGGGAAGAAGCAAGACAUCGCCAGUGAGGGUGCCGCAUCAUCUGAUCCUCAGGAAACACUCAAGGAUACUGGUGAGAAGGUGACAUUAGAGGGUGAGCCACAGGACAGUCUGUCAGAGAAUAAACAAGAUGAUUCAUCUAGCACUUGUGAUCCUGAUAGUGCAGGUGUUAGUGAAAUUGUGACUGCAGAGUGUGUUGUUGAUAGAGAUCUUGGAAUGGAUGAAGCAUCUAGAAUUGAGAUUGUUGCCAUUGAAAUUCCUACUUCCAAAGCAGAGGAGAAAGAAAUCAGUAAGAGGGAUAGAAAUGAACAGCUUGAUAAAGAGAAGGAACAAAGCAUAAAGAGGGAAGGAGAUGAGAUGGUGGUGGAGAAAGAUAAUGAACAAGAGACACCUGCAAGUGACAGAGCUGUGAAUAGUGGAGAGCGGAAAGAUUCAGUAGAUAGGUGUGCAGCCACAAAGGAAUCAGUGCCUGCUGUAGACUCUGAAGGGCAGUGUUUGGAGCUUAGUGAGGUAAAGAAGGACACUGUAAAGAGUGACAUGGAAAAAGAAAUAGCAGGAGAAAAUUUGGAAGAUGAAGUUAAAGAAAAUAUAGAGAGAGAGGGAGCUGCAGGCAAUGAAACAGUUGAUGAGCAGUGUGAGAAACAGGAAGAGGAUUUGCCAACAGCAGAAUCUAAAGAGGGAAUUGUCAAUCAGCCCAACGACACAAAGAAACAAGACACAGAGGGAGAGGAAUUGAUGACAAAGGUACAUGAUGUAACAGAGAUUGGGGAGGCAGUUGAUGAAGAUGACUCGCGUGCUGAAAGCAGUGAGGAUGAAAAGAAAAUCGACAAGAAGGCUUGGUCUGCAGACCACGGGGAGGAAGCUGUUUUGGAGAAUGCCAGCCCACUGGCGAGCGUCACAGGAGGCAAAACAUGGAAGGGGGAGGAGGAUGAUGAUGAAGAGGUGGGAGACAAGAAAGAGAAGGGAGCGUCUGAUGGACCAAAGCAGUUACCUGACAAGAUCGCUGCCACACAGAAGGUAACAGUUAGGGCUGAUACCCCAUCCACAGAGGAUGACAAGACAAAUGAUGCUGUGGAACCACCAUGAAGUAACCGACGGCGGGGCGCCACUGCAACGCCUGUUGACUCUGUGCCGAACAGUCCUGCUGCACCUGUCACUGAUGAAGACCGUGAAUAUCGAGCAUGGAAGAAGUCCAUCAUGCUGCUAUAUGGACGGCUAGCCACUCACAAGUAUGCCUCG